AUGAAGAAAUGGAUGGAGGAGAAGGAAGAGAUGAAGAAGCAUAUAGAAAGGUUAGAGAAGAAAAUGGAGGAGAUGCAGGCAAGGAAGCAAGGAACGAAUGAGAAUGGAGGAGAAGCAAAUGAGGAGGUGAAGAGGCUAGCGGGGAAGAUGAGAGGUUUGAGUAACAAGGAUAGAGAAUUCUGGAGAGACCUGGAGAAAUGGGAUGCAAUAGUAAUGAUGGAGACGUGGGUGGAGGAAAAAGGAUGGGGAAAGGUGAGAGAUAGGCUUCCAGAGGGAUUCAUAUGGAGAAUGCAGGCGGCGGUAAAGAAGAAUAAGAAAGGAAGGGCAGCAGGAGGAAUGAUGAUAGGUAUAAGAAAGGAGGUAACAAUAACGGAUACGGAGAGAGAGGAAGAGUCAGAGGGAGUCAUGAUAGGUAAGGUAAAAUUGGAUAAGAAGAUAAUUAGAGUGGUAGGAGCAUACGUAAAUGGAGACAUGGAGAGGAAGCUAAGUAUACUGGAAGGAUGGAUGGAGCAAAAGGAAGAGGGAGUAAAAACAAUAAUAGGGGGAGAUUUCAAUGCGAGGACAGGAGAGGAAGGGGAAAAGGAAAGUAUAGAAGGAACCGAUGAGUGGACGUUCAAGAGGUGUUCGAAGGAUAAGAAGAUAAAUAAGGAAGGAAAGAAGCUGAUUCAAAGUAUAAAGGAAAGAGGAUGGUAUAUUUUAAAUGGAGGAGAGAGAGGGGACUUGGAAGGAAACUGGACAUACUCAGGAGGAAGAGGCGAAUCAGUCAUCGAUUACGUGAUAGUGGAACAAGAAACGGAGGAAGAAAUAGAGAGAAUGGAAAUAGUAGACAAGAUAGACUCGGACCACCAGCCAAUAGUAGUAUGGCUGAAGGGACAUAAGAAUAAGGAGGCGAGAAGAAAGAGGACAGAAAGAGAGGGAGGAAGAGGAGUAUGGGACGAGGAGGGGAGAGAAGCAUUUAGAGAUAAACUAGGAGAAAUAAAAACAGGAGAAGGAAGAUUGGACGAGGAAAUAGAUGGAAUGGAAGGAAGAAUUAGAGAAGCGAUGGAGAAAGUAGAAGGGGAGAGGGAGACGGGAAGAAGAAAAAGGAGAGGAUGGUGGGAUGAAGAAUGCAAGGAAGUGAAAGGGACGGCGAGGAAAGUGUUAAAAGAGUGGCUGAGAGGAAAAGGCGAGAGGCAGAAAUACAGAAGAAAAAGGAAGGAAUACAAGGAGUUAUGUGAGAGGAAAAAGGAAGAAGAGAACAAAAAACUGGAGAAAGAGGCGGAAAAAGUGCACACGGAGGAAAUGGUAUGGAGGGUGGUGAACAAGGAAAGAAAGAAAAGGAAGAAGAUAAACACAGAAAUAGAAAUGAAGCAAUGGGAGGAGUAUUUCAAAGCUUUGCUGGGAGGAGUGGAAAACAAAGUGGCGGCAUAUGAUUCAGUGGAUAGAGGGAUAUUGAUAGAAGCGAUGAGGAAGAAGGGAAUAAGGGAGGGAAUAAUAGAGAGAGUGGAAGAGAUAAUGAGAGAGACAACGAGUAGGGUAAGAGUAAGAGGAGAAAUAGGAAAGGAAUUUUGGACAGCAAGAGGACUGAGACAAGGAUGCCCAUUAAGCGCGGAUUUAUUUAAUAUAUUAUUAGCGGAUCUAGAAGAAGAAAUGGGAAAGGUUAAAUGGGGAGGGAUAAGGCUGGGAGAGGAGAAAAUAUACUCGAUUACAUAUGCGGAUGAUGUGGUGGUGAUAGCAGAGGACGAAGGAUGUAUGAUAGAGAGACUGGAAAGAUACAUGGAUAGUAAAAGGCUGGAAUUGAACGUGACAAAGACAAAGAUAGUAAGAUUUAAAGAAGGAGGAGGAAGGUUGAGUACGGUGGAUUGGAGAUGGAAGGGAAAGAAGAUAGAAGAAGUAAAGGAGGUGAAAUAUCUAGGGUACGUAUUACAAAGGAAUGGAGGACAGGAAGCACAUAUAAGGGAAAGAGUAGCAAAGGCAGCAGCAGUAUCAGGACAAGUAUGGGGAAUAGGAAAGAGAAGAUUUGCGAGAAAAUGGGAAAGAAGGAUAGCGCUAUUCGACAAACUAGUAUGGACAGUGGCGAGUUAUGGAGCGGAAAUUUGGGGAUGGAGGACGAGGAAGAAAAUGGAAAGCCUUCACGAGAGACACUUAAAAUGGAUUUUAGGGAUCGAUAGAUUGACACCAGGAUACAUGAUAAGAGAGGAGAUACAGAGGGAGAUGAUGAAGAGCAGAGCAGGAAAAAGGGCAUGGAAAUUCGAGGAAAGACUAUUAGAGGGAAGAGGUAGCAUAUUAGCGCAGAAAUGUUUAUGGGAAAUAAGGGAGAGUGCAAAGGGAGGUAGGGAGAUGUCAAGCUGGGAGAUAGAGAGGAAACUAUUUUUAGAAGAAAAGGGUUUAGAUAGUAAGGAAUUAGAAGAAGAAAGGGAGGAAAGGAGGAUAGAGUACGAAGAAAUAGAGAGAAGGGACAAGGAAAUGCAGAGAGAAGAAAGAUGGAAAAAAAUAAGAGAGUCAAAAAGCAACAGAUG